AUGGCCGCUGACGAAGGCUCAGUGGAGAAGCAGGGAGGAGAGGCCCACACGGCCACCGAUGGUGACACCAAUGGGUCCUGUGAAAAAAACGAUGCCACCAGUCAUCCCAGUGCAGCGAAGCACACUCAGGAGAAUGUGAAAGCCAGCCCGCAGGAAGGCACCAAUAAACUGGGCCGCAUCGCGGAGAACGGCAUCUCGGAACGAGAUGCGGAGGUGGGAAAGCAGAACCACGUGAGAGCCGACGAGCUCACCCAGACCGCUGUCGUCGGGAGCAACGGGUUCUUCCUCGCCAAGCCGGCCCUGCAGGGGCAGCCCCUGAGGACUAGCGGCCCCUUGGCCCCCCCACUCCCUGGCCAUGCCGCCAAGACCUUGCCAGGAGGAGCCGGAAAAGGGAGGACUCCAGGCACUUUUUCUCAGAUGCCAGCCACCGUGCCAGCCCGGCUCGGGGAGGGCAGCCGGGACACGGACAACAAGACGCUGCCAGCCCCAGGCCCUGAUGUCAAGGUCCACCGUGCCCGGAAGACCAUGCCGAAGUCUGUGCUGGGCCUGCACGUGGCCAGUAAGGAGCCCCGAGAAGUCCGAGAAGCCAGAGACCACAAGGAGUUGAAGGAGGAGAUCAACAGGAGCGUGGCUGAUUUUGGGAGACAGCAGCUCUUACCCCCAUUCCCGCCCCUGCAUCAGUCGCUACCUCAGAACCAGUGCUACGUGGCCACCGCAAAGUCCCAGACAGCUUGCUUGCCUUUUGUUUUAGCAGCUGCAGUAUCUCGGAAGAAAAAGCGAAGAAUGGGGACCUAUAGCCUGGUUCCUAAGAAAAAGACCAAAGUAUUAAAACAGAGGACGGUGAUCGAGAUGUUUAAGAGUCUAACUCAUUCCACUGUGGGCUCCAAGGGUGAGAAGGACCUGGGCGACAGUGCCCUGCAUGUGAACGGGGAGAGUCUGGAGACAGACUCAGAAGAGGACGAUUCAGAGGAGCUGGGUGAGGACGACGAGCAUGGGGCAGAGCAGACAGCGGCGUUUCCCACGGAGGACAGCCGGACUUCCAAAGAGAGCGUGUCAGGGAGCGACCGGGCCCACAAGAUGGAUGGCGAGUCAGAAGAGGAGCCAGAGUCAGCAGACAGCGGAGAGGACGAUGAUGACGGGGAUGAGUCAGACUUGAGCUCUGAGUCCAGCAUUAAGAAGAAAUUUCUCAAAAGGAAAGGGAAGACUGACAGCCCGUGGAUCAAACCAGGCAGGAAAAGGCGGCGGAGGAACAAGAAGAAGCAAAGCAGUGAGCUAGGUUCUGAGGCCUAUAAACCGACUUCAGGGAGCACCGAGCGGAUUGGCCCUGGAGACAGCAUGGGCUACAUGGAAGUCCCCCUGGACUCUCUGGAUCUGCGUGUCAAAGGGAUUCUGUCCUCACAAGCAGGGCUGGCCAACGGUCCCGGGGCGACAGAUGCAGACGGCCUCCAGGAAGUGCCUCUGUGCAGCUGCCGGAUGGAAACCCCAAAGAGCCGAGAGAUCACCACGCUGGCCAACAACCAGUGCAUGGCCACGGAGAGUGUGGACCACGAGCUAGGCCGGUGCACCAACAGCGUGGCCAAGUUUGACCUGAUGCGCCCAUCCAACAGUGUGCCGCUCCUGGUGCUGUGUGAAGACCACAGAGCACGGAUGGUGAAGCACCAGUGCUGCCCGGGCUGUGGCUACUUCUGCACGGCGGGUAACUUCAUGGAAUGUCAGCCCGAGAGCAGUGUCUCACAUCGCUUCCACAAGGACUGCGCCUCUCGGGUCAACAACACAAGCUAUUGCCCCCACUGUGGCGAGGAGGCCACCAAGGCCAGGGAGGUGACAAUCGCCAAGGCUGACACAACCUCCACCGUGACCCUAGGGUCUGGACCAGAGAAGGCCACUGCCACUGCUGAAGGCAGGGCCGACACGACCACUGGCAGCAGUGCCGGGCCCCAGCUCCUGGAGGGAGACAAGCCGCACAGUUCAACACUUCAGCCGCCUGAAGGCUUUGACCUGACGGGACCGUCGGGACCUGUGAAGCCUGUGCCUGGCCUUCCCCAGGGGCCGGGCAAGGAGACUCUGGAGAGUGCCCUCAUCGCGCUGGACUCGGAGAAGCCUAAGAAGCUCCGCUUCCACCCGAAGCAGCUGUACUUCUCUGCCAGGCAGGGCGAGCUGCAGAAGGUGCUCCUUAUGCUGGUGGACGGGAUUGACCCCAACUUUAAGAUGGAGCAUCAGAGCAAGCGUUGUCCGUUGCACGCUGCCGCUGAGGCUGGCCACGUGGAUGUCUGCCACAUGCUGAUCCAGGCGGGCGCCAACAUUGAUACCUGCUCUGAGGACCAGCGGACCCCGCUGAUGGAGGCUGCAGAGAACAACCACCUGGAUGCAGUCAAGUACCUCAUUAAGGCAGGGGCGCUCGUGGGUCCCAAGGACGCAGAGGGCUCCACGUGUCUACACCUGGCUGCCAAGAAAGGCCACUAUGACGUGGUCCAGUACCUGCUCUCCAAUGGACAGAUGGACGUGAACUGCCAGGAUGACGGCGGCUGGACGCCCAUGAUCUGGGCCACUGAGUACAAGCACGUUGAUCUUGUGAAGCUGCUGCUCUCCAAGGGGUCUGACAUCAACAUCCGAGACAACGAGGAGAACAUCUGCCUGCACUGGGCGGCGUUUUCGGGCUGUGUGGACAUCGCGGAGAUCCUGCUGGCCGCCAAGUGUGAUCUUCAUGCUGUCAACAUCCACGGGGACUCGCCACUGCACAUUGCUGCCCGGGAGAACCGCUACGACUGUGUUGUCCUCUUUCUUUCUCGGGACUCCGACGUCACCUUGAAGAACAAGGAGGGUGAGACGCCCCUGCAGUGUGCGAGCCUCAACUCCCAGGUGUGGGCGGCCUUGCAGAUGAGCAAGGCUCUUCGAGACUCAGCACCAGACCAGCCUGGCCCAAUGGAGCGGACGGUGAGCAGAGACAUCGCGCGAGGCUACGAGCGGAUCCCUAUCCCCUGUGUCAAUGCGGUGGACAGCGAACCCUGCCCCAGCAACUACAAAUACGUGUCUCAGAACUGCGUGACAUCCCCCAUGAACAUCGACAGGAACAUCACUCACCUGCAGUACUGCGUUUGCAUUGACGACUGUUCCUCCAGCAACUGCAUGUGUGGCCAGCUCAGCAUACGCUGCUGGUAUGACAAGGACGGUCGCCUCCUGCCAGAGUUUAACAUGGCAGAGCCGCCUUUGAUCUUUGAGUGCAACCAUGCCUGCGCCUGCUGGAGGAACUGCCGCAACAGGGUGGUACAGAAUGGGCUCAGGGCGAGGCUGCAGCUCUACCGGACACACAACAUGGGCUGGGGCGUGCGGGCGCUGCAGGACAUCCCAUUGGGCACCUUUGUCUGCGAGUACGUGGGGGAGCUCAUCUCCGACUCUGAGGCCGAUGUCCGGGAAGAGGAUUCUUACCUCUUUGACCUUGACAACAAGGACGGAGACAUUUACUGCAUUGAUGCCCGCUUCUAUGGGAAUGUCAGCCGCUUUAUCAACCACCACUGCGAGCCGAACCUGGUGCCCGUGCGAGUCUUCAUGUCCCACCAGGACCUGCGCUUUCCCCGCAUCGCACUUUUCAGCACUCGCCCCAUCACGGCUGGCGAGCAGCUUGGGUUCGACUACGGGGACCGCUUCUGGGACAUCAAGGGAAAGCUGUUCAGCUGCCAGUGCGGCUCGCCCAAGUGCCGGCACUCGAGCGCAGCCCUGGCCCAGCGGCAGGCCAGUGGGGCCCAGGAGGCCCAGGAGGAUGGCCUGCCGGACACCAGCUCCUCUACCACUGCUGACCCCCUAUGA